AUGGAGGUCGCACCCUCCGUGGAGGUCGUGCCCUCCAUGGCGGUCAUGCCAAGGUUGGAGGGCAGGUCACGUGACUGCGCGGCACAAGCUUACCCGCUGUGCCCCGCCUUCAACGUUGUUCUGCCGUUGUUGCUUGUCCUCCUCCUUGCAAUCCUCCUGCACCUUGUGUCGAAGGAGGAAGAUACGAUGUAA